AUGGCGGCGAAGGAGACCGAACGACGUUCCUUCGGCGACCUCCCCGAGGAGCUGAUCCCGGAGAUCCUCGCCUGCGUUCCGCCCAAGCACCUCCUCCGCUUCCGCGCCGCCUGCAAGGCCUGGUGCGACCUCGCCGCCGACCCCGCCUUCAUCCGCAAGCACCACUCCCGCCAGCCAGCGCAGCCCCUCCUCUUGGCUUACGACGAGCACUGCCUCGAGGCCGUCAACCUCAGCACCAACAGGCGCCGGGCGGUCAUGCGGGUUACGGUGUCUGGCCGCGUGCCCUCCAUUGGGUCCGACGUGCUCGCGCUCCACGGGUCCUGCGACGGCCUGCUCCUCCUCGGCUUCCGCGAGACCUUCCUCGUCUGCAACCCCGCCACGCGCCAAGGUGCUCACCUGCGGCUGCUGUUUCGUGAUGGCCCGGAAUUCCUGGGGUUCUACAAGCACGCCGCUUCUGGGGAGUACCGGGUGCUGUACCACCUGGUCGAGGGCCUCGACGGGGAGUACUCCUACUACGUCCUCUCGCUGGGAUCCCAGCAGGCGAUCAGGGACAUCGAGCUGCUCACGUCGUCGGCCGCCGUGGCCGCCGGGCUGGCGAGAGGGCUGGAGAGCUCCAGCACAUCGCCGCCCGGCCUCUUCCGCGGCAGGCUGCACUGGCGGCCGCAACGGAGCCAAGAGGGCAACAUUCUGGUGUUCGACACCGAUGCUGAGUCAUUCAGUUGGAUCCCUGCCCCCGCGGAGGCGAUGCUGGGCGAGCGCCACCACACGCAGCUGUUUGAGAUGGACGGCACGCUUGCCGUGUUCUGCUGCCACCAAUCUGCACAGAAGUCGGUCAUCUGGUUCAUGGAGGACUACGAGCAGAUGAACUGGGUCAAGCACCCGGUUGAGCUGUCCUUCACACCUGCUUAUGAUCCGGCUGUCCUGUAUCAAGGGGGGGAUGUGCUGGUGCUGGAAUCGGAUAUGCUGGUGUUUGAAAGCCCUGGCAAGCUGUCGCAUUAUGAUAAGAUGGAUAAACUUCAGGGAUCUGUCAACUGUUUUGCUCGGGGCCUCAGAAUUACUCCACAUGUGCUCAAAGAGAGCCUCAUCCUCCCUGAGUUCCUUCGGAAGCAGCAGAAGGACGGUACCUGCCAAUGGUUCCCCGAGCUUGAGUUUCCCUGA